GGCUAUAAAGGCUGCGGGGCCGCGGCGCCGCCCACAGCCGUGAGCCCCGGCGGGAGACGUCAGCUCCUCCCGCGCUGCCAUCGCAGGGCUCCCGGGUGGACGGGACGGGACAACGAGACCACGGCAGCCCGUCCCAACCACGGGCCCACCCGUGAGAGAGCUGCCCGCGAGCAUGGCUAGCAGCUUGAAGAAGCUUAUCAAAGCCGAGAGCUGCCGGCUAAUGCAAGAGAAAUUAGAGAGCUGGUCUAAGGACUACGAGAUCAAUUCCUGUGAUCAAAAUCUGAACCAGUGUUGUGAAUUAAUAGAAAUGACAUCUAUGAUUCAAGGGCAGCUCUUCACAAUCCUCAAUGAGACAUCUCAAGACGGUGGGCAUUAUGCAGGUGUAAAGACAAUAAAAACUCGUCUCCUGCCGUGGUUAGGGUCUUGGUUUUCCCAUGCUACUUCAGGAAGGCUCUUUGAAACUAGCCUCUCCUUGAAUCAGGAUUCAAUUGAGAAAGAGAGACAACUGAGGCAGACUUUUCAGCUGCAGGAGCUGCAGGAAGAACUGACAUCAACUCGUCUGGAGCUUGACCAUGUGCAACAAGAUCUGGCACAAGCCCAGUUGGCUCUUGAAGACACAAAGACCAAAUCAGCCACUACUCUUUUGACAGCAGCAGAUGAAAUUAUUCAGCUAAGAGCAGCUCUGAAGGCUUCCCGUGCCCGGGAGGAGGACUCUCUGAGGAGUUUAGAUCAUCUGAAUGACUAUGAGCAGCAGAUUGAAAUGUUGCGGGAUGAGCUUUCUAUCCUGGAUGCCCAGAAGUCUAUUUUGCAGAGCAGGAUUGCAAGGAGCCGCUCUCCUUCCCCGAGACGCAUGAGGAGCAGGUCACCUAGUCCUCUUCCCCUGAGGAGCUACUCACCUGGCCGAGCCAGGAGCACAAAUGCUUCACGUCAUGCCUUCCUGGUUGCUCGCUUUGGGGACAUUUAUUCUAAAGAUCGCUUUGAUGCAGAGAGAAUUUUGAGGAUGUACAUCAGUGAUAUGGAGAUGGUGCAGAGGAUAAUAUACACAGCAGCAGUGGAGUCUUUCCGAGCAGCAAAGAUGGCCUACAGGCAGUUCAAAAUGCGUGUAAGAAAGACACUAUCCAUAGGGCACUCGGGGCCCGAGUCACUUGAAGACACUGUUAUGGAUUAUAUAGUUCGCCAUGAGGAUCUGUAUGAUGUUCAAUCCAGUGUCAAUGAAGUAAUUCGCUCCAUGAACAUCAACCCAAAGAUUUCAUCCACACCAGAAUUUGAUUUUGCUGUCAUCAGCGGUUUUAUUCGAGAGCUAUGCCGUGUGGCUUUUUCAAUGCAGACACUCACUCCUCCUCUUGAUAUUGCCUUUGGUAUGGAUGGUGAGUUCUUCAGUGAGACCAAGUAUCAUCGUAGUGUUGACUCAGAUUAUACAGCUGCUUUGGUGGCCUAUCAUGUAUGGCCUGCUCUAAUGGAAAAUGAUGUUGUGAUUGUGAAGGGAGAAGCAGUCACAAAAAGAGGAGCUCUGUGGUCUCACAGGAGCAGAAGUCGGAAUCGCAGCCGUAGUGUGAGUCCUCUUCUGUCUCAUUUAUCUCGAAGCCGUAGUCCUUCACCACGGAGAAGUGGAAGUCCAAGUAGGACAUUAAGAUAGCUGGAUAAGUUUCUGUGAUUCUGUACAUCUGGAUCCAUCAACAUUGCUUGUGCCUUUUCCUCUUCAAGGAAUACCUCAAAUGUCGCAAUAAUGUGAAUGGCCGUGAACUCUAAAUGGACUGUAUUAUGUUGCUUUUUUUCAGUGUGUUUUUAGAACUUUAGAAGUCUUAUUUAUGACUUAUUAUGACCUAUUAUGGCACUAAUUCAGCCCUUCCAAUUAAAAAAAAAAGUGCCAUAUAUGAUCAUACUAAUUUGGCAAAGGUUACAGAGCACUGAGAUACCCUUGCUGUAAUAUGGAUGGAGAUAGAUGCACUAAUUGUAGAAUGAUUCCCUAGAUACCAAAUGUUUCAGUUUACCUUGAUAGAAUUUUUAGCAUAACUUAGAUGGUGAAUGUUACAGAAUGUUGAUGUUAGUUGUUACUUGAAAACAACUUAAUUAGCUGGUGCUUAUUUAUAAUUUUAGAAAAUGAGAUGUGACAUUCUCAGACGUCCUUUUAUAUAUCUCCUUUGUUACAUGAAUGACCGUCUGGGGUCUUGAGUUUUUACAUAGAAAUAUAAGAUUUGUCAUAGUGAUUCUGAUACAUAACUCACCAAGUUCACUGUUACAUUCCAGUCAAUAUUUAAGUGUUCAGCUUUGCCUAGAUUUAUCUCUGUGCUUUUGGGUAUAUAAACAAUUAGAAGCAAAAAAAA